AGACAUUGAAUUUGAUUUUGAUUGGGUGUAUUUAUAUUGUAUACAAAAAAUACUGCUGAUCAAGUGUAUUAAACGUGUUUAAUUAAGCCUUCUACUGUGUAAAUAAGUAAUUCUGACGGGGACAUGGAAGACGAGAUAGAAGACAGAGUAUUACAUCAAACAUACGUUUCUUUCGUAAAAAUAUUGUCUAGAUUCACCAGUAGCACUUUUCUUGACGCUCCUGUGAGCUAUUUAUGGAAAAUGGUGCGUCUUUAUUUUCUGCGAUCUGAAGUAGUUGUGAUCACACUAGCUAUUGUGAUCUUCUUAAUGUAUCUUCAAAGUAUAGAAUUAUGGAGUCGAACAAUGCUAAGCAGACUGUCGCAAGCGAUGAAUCCUAUGAGCGCUGUUCAACGAAUGAAACUCAUGGAGGGAUCCGAUGCAGACAAGCAAAGUUGGGAACUGAAAGGCACGCUAAGUGCUGCUUACGCAAUCAAAGGUAGAAGAAUGCACAUGGAAGAUAGAUUUAUAAUAAACGAAAAUGUAAACAACACAGGCAUAUCACUAUUCGCUAUAUUCGAUGGACACGGCGGAGAGUUUGCUGCUAACUAUGCUAAGGACCAUCUUAUACAGAAUCUUUACAACAAAAUUGUUGAACUUAACGCUUUCAAAGAAGGUAAAAUAUCUGAUAUAUCUAGAGAAAUUAUUGAGGAGUAUGCACCUAAAGAGGAAAAUGUUGAACGUAAAACAAGUUUCAAAAAGUCAGUUAGUACUGCAGAUGAUACAUCAAAAAAAGAAAUAACAGAUCCUGAAUUGCUUGCCCAGCUUUCUAAAGCAAGGCCAAUCAUCACCCGAGAAGUGCGGACCACAACUAAGCCAGUUAAGAAUAUCAACAUACCAUUAUCUAGUUAUAUUGACAAAGGAAAAAUUAAUUAUGGAAAAUUAUUGACUGAUGAAGUUUUAGCAGCAGAUAGAUUACUAGUAGAAGCUGCAAAGAAGUCUUUGAAUGUUGCCGGCACUACAGCCCUUAUUGCAAUAAUGGAAAAUAAUCAUCUGAUAGUGGCCAAUGUUGGUGACUCCAGGGGAGUCAUGUGUGACUCGAGAGGCAAUGCUAUUCCUGUCUCAUUUGACCAUAAACCACAACAGGUAAGGGAACAAAAAAGAAUUGAGGCAGCAGGAGGUUACAUUGCUUAUAAUGGAGUUUGGAGAGUUGCAGGUAUCUUAGCUACUUCAAGAGCUAUGGGUGAUUACCCACUCAAAGAUAAGAAAUUUGUCAUAGCAGAUCCAGAUAUACUUACUUUUAACUUAAAUGAUCAUAAACCUAUGUUCUUAGUCUUAGCCUCUGAUGGUCUCUGGGACACGUUUACCAAUGAAGAAGCUGUGAAAUUUAUUAAAGAAAGACUUGAUGAACCAGAUUAUGGGGCAAAAAGUUUAACACUACAAGCAUAUUAUAGAGGAUCAGUUGAUAAUAUUACAGUUUUGGUCAUAAACUUCCUAAAUACCAAUAUAACCAUCGCAGGAGUUCAGUAGAAAUUGUAAUUUUAUUCCUUAGUUUAGAUCUUCGUAAGAGAUUUCAAGGUACAUUUUUCACAGUUUUCUAGAAAUUUUAUGCCUGAUAACAAUUAGGUCUCAUACUUGGAGCAAUUUGAACAAUUACAGCAAUUGAGAGCCAUGAUAACUUAUAAAGAAUACCUUCUGAAAAGUUAAUACAGUAUCUUACCAUGAAUACAUAGUGCAUUUGAAGAAGUAUUUAUUUGGAAUCUUUCCAUCCAGUAAAAAAUUUAUACUAUUUUCUAAAAGAUUACCCUAGUGUUUUUAUAUAUACAUAUAUUGUAAAUAAAUAAAUAUGCAGAGGACAAGUAAUUAAUGACUAAAAACCCCAAAAUUAAAAACAUUAAUGUGGCAAAUUUUCUUUUGUGUGAAGAAACAUAUUAAUAAAAUAAGCAUAAUAUACAUUUAAUGUUUUAUGAAGUUGAAGGAGGCUAAAUGUAUUUUUACUAAAGCAACUAUUCUGAAAAUAAAGUUUAAAGAAAAUGUUUUUAACUAAAAAGUAAAUUUGUUACUUAGACCAGAGUAACUUAUAUUUUAUAAUGUCGGAUGUGCAUGUACCUAAUUAUAUAUUUUUGAAAUUUAAUAUUUGAAUUUAUGGAUGGUUGUGAAGUGUAUGCAGAUUUUCAUAAAUCUAUUUGAUGUUAUUGAUGAUAAGAUAUUCUGAAAAAAAAGUUGUUCAACAACAUUAGAGAUAAAUUGAUGUACAUUAUCAGGUGUCAUAUUUGUGUACAAGUAGUUAAUAAUAUAUAGUAUGAAAACAGUUGUAUGAUAAUGAAUGUUGUAAUAGAUAUAAAAGAAUGCUAUAAAAAUGCACUUUUUCCUAAAUUUAUUUCUUAUAUAAUAAAUAUUUUGGACGUUUAUAUUCAUGAAAGCCAUGAUAUUUUUCAUCUGAUUGUCUGAAAAGUACAUUAACUACAAUAUUCAACUUUAUUUACAAUAUAUAAUAUUUAUAUAAUCGUCUGAAUUUGCUAAGAUAGGUAAUUAUUUUUGCUCUUUACUAACACUGUUGUUAUGUUGUUGAACUGUAGUUAUUAUUUUGGCUAAGUAAAAACAAUGCCCCCAUAAUUAUUAUGUUGCCUGUGGUGCUAGUCAUUUUUUUUUUGUUAUUUUUGUUGUUCGUAACUUUAUGCAAAUAUACCAUAGGAAUAGUAAACAGUGUCAGUAAGAUUUCCAUAAAAUCUUAAAUUACUUAUCUAUGUUGUCAUCUCAAUAGGAUUAUGAAAUUCAUUGGUGUCAAAUAAAAAAAUGUAUACUGCUAAAA